CUCGCCUAGCCAUGACUGAAAGAUGUCAAAAUAAGUCAGCAGGAAAAAAUAGUAAUCAGAAUUAUAUUAUUUACGGAGGAAUUCUCGUUGCCCUCCUAGCUGUAUUAUAUUUUUACAGAUUUCACUUGGUCACAAUACUUGUUAGUUAUGGAUUGGGAUGUGUGGCUUGUUAUUAUGGAUUGACAACAAAUAUUUUGCAAACAUAUAUAGAACAAUUAACGUGCCAUUUUAUAAAGGAAUCUACAGAAAAGGAUGAAGCACCAAGUAAAGGUUGCAACACAUGUGGGUUGGGCGGUUGCAAUCGCCAUGAUCCCGAAUUCACAACGGAGCCCUGGAGUGGGUUACUUGUACAUAAACAAUUGGAUCAAGCCAUAGAAGAUUUUUACAAUACAAUUUUAGAACAAUUUAUAAACUCAUGGUAUUCCAAGAUAACACUCCAACCAUUUUUUGUGGAUGAGUUGAGACACCAGCUGAGAUAUGCAUCUGCAUCCUUGUUGAGGAGAGCUUUAAAGAUAAACUACGCGGAGCUGAUACUGGAGCGGCUGGUGCCGUGCGCGCUGCGGCACCACGCGGUGGCGGCGGGCGGGCGGGCGCGCCCGCACGCCGCGGCCUGCAACCGCGCCGCCGAGCUGCGCUACCUGCGCUGCGUGGCCGACGCCCUCAUGCCUUACCUGCUGCGGCCCGCUGAAACGCAGAAUUCAGUGUUCAAAGUGUUGAUCCGCGAGAUAUUCGCCGGUUGGGUGUUGCUCUCGCUGGCGGACACGCUGGCGGACCCCUAUAUACUCAAUAUGCUGAUCAUUUUGGCGACUGGCGACGAAACAAUGGCCCAGUUGCCGACCACGCCUAAUUAUCAAGUGGAAUUCCUGGAGACGUUCGUCCGGCAGACGGAGUCGGUGUACGCGCAGCGGCCGAAGCUCCUGCGCAUCGAGCUGGAGCUGCUGGUCAACGAGCAGGAGCACUUUUACGCGUUCAUGCAGCACCUGAAGUCCAAUAGCAGCAUACACGUGCUGCAGUUCUAUAAGGACAUCAAAUCGUUCCAGAGCCGCAUCCUGAACCCGGAGCUGAGCGCGGAGGAGCAGAGCGCGGUGCGGCGCGAGGCGCGCGCGCUGCACCGCCGCUACCUGCCCGGCCCGCUGCCCGACCCGCUGCCCGACCCGCUGCCCGGCGCUACACACCCGCUGUCCGGCGCCGCACACCCGCUGCCCGGCGUGCACCUGCCGCCCGCCCUCCAGCGGGAGCUGCACGACCUGCUGGAGGGCGGCAGCGAAGCCGACUGCGUCCGCCGUUUGCAGACCAGUCGCGCGCUGUACCAAGCCGCGAGACAGUCGCACGCGGUUCUCGAAAAAGUCCUGAUGCCAAAGUUUUUACAUAGUGAAGAGUUUUAUAAAUUAUUAAUCGGACCGAGGGUACCCACCGGAUAUCACAAACAACUGACCAAAAGACCACAAGAAAAGUCUAUAAAACUAGGAACCAAAUUGCGCAACGCGAUCAGGCCGCAGACGCUCGACGGACAGGACACUGAACUGGCUGAUGAUGGAGUGGAGAAUGUAGACAUCCUGAAGUACCUGGACUCCUUGGCCAGCGAGGACAGUUUGGGAGACCAGGACCUGAGCACCUGCAAGGUGGUGCUCACCAAUGUGGAGACCAGAUUGCAAGCUCCCCCCCGGCGGGGUGCCGUGCGCGUGUUCACGAUAGCACACUUUAUAGACAACAGCCCUUUGGAAACACUGCGCUACAAGUACGAAGACUUCCUCCAGCGAAUACUUCAAAUAUCGCUUCUGCAGACCAGCGAAUUGCUCUACCUUUUUCUUACGGUGGACAGCGACUUCACGUUGGUGGUGCAAGCGUCCACACUCAACGUGAACACGGAUCUGGGGAACAUCUAUCAGUCCGUGGCUCACCGGCUGAGGAAAGAAAAGGGACAGCAUUUGGAAAGCUUCCUGAGGAACUUUCUCAUUUCCUCGGAUAAGGAGCGCUAUCAGGCACUCAAGCAAGGCACCCGCGAGGUGGAGGAGGGCGUGGAGGUGCCGGAGAGCGGCGGCGCCCCCGCGGCGGCGCCCCCGGGGCGCGCGCGGCGCCCGCGCAGCGCGCUCUUCGGCGACAACUGGGGCGUGCCCGCGCGGGCGCCGCCGCGCCCCGCGGCGCCCCAGCGGCACGUGCGCGGCGCCGUGCAGUGCCUCAUGUACUUCUUGUUGAAAAUAGCGGCGGGCGGGGGCGCGUGGGCGCGCGCUCUGGGCGGCGCGCUGGCGCUGGCGCGGCGCGCGGCCGACGCCGCCGCCGCGCGCCGCCUCGCCGCGCGGCUGCGCGCGCUGCUGCCCGCGCCGCGCCUCGCGCACCUCGUGCGCCUGGGCCACGGUGUACUGUUCAGCAAGAAGUCCACACCCCGCUCGAACCAAGUGCAGCAGCGCGAACUCGCCCGCAGCAGGCUGAUCGCGUUCGCUUCGCUCGCGCCGCGCGGCCUUCGCUUCACCCACGAGAUCGGCACCGCCUUCGAUAUUAUACAGAACCCGCAUUUGAAUAAACAAUUGUUUUACAAUCUACUGGAUCUGUGCUUGGUCGAGUUGUUUCCAGAACUUCAGGGCGAAAACAGUUGAGAUUUAUGAUUGAUAUUUAAAUAAGAUUUUUGUAAAUUCCACGUGUACCAAUCGUAUUAACUAUACGUAAUAGUAUAAUUGUAAAUACGUAUAUUUUAUUAAAUAUAUUUUUUCUAAUAGUCUAGUUUGCCUCGCAUGAUGAGAGGUGUUCAUUCUGUAAGUAUGGAAACGCCAAAUAAAUUAUUUUCAUAUUAUUA